UGAGUGAAAAUCAUUAGCUCUCAGACUGUGAGUAAGGAAAGAGUUCUGACGUAAAUUGAACAAUUGCGGAGUAUUUCACAGCAAUAUUUUAGGUGUUAGCAUUGCAAGUCAUUCCUUUUUAAGAGAAGGUUUAUGCGAAAGUCUGGCGAGCUGAUCGCAGAGCAGCCAGUGACGUGAUUGGUGGAGAUCAGAACCUCAAGUUGAUUGUACUAUUUCAUAGAAGACGCAGCUUCAGCAGGGCUAGUGAAAACUGACCGUUUGAAAUGGCCGAAGAGAACAGACUACAAUCUUUUCGCAACAUUGUGAAUGACUACGUCGGUUACAGACUUCGACAGAAGAACAUUUUCUUGCCAGGAUAUCAUGAGAAUUUGCCUCCAUCGAAGGCAGCCCGUCAUUUGCGACGGGUAGCAGACGAACUCAUAGAAGAGAACAGCCAAUUGUUUGAUUCCAUGUGCGACCAACUUCACCUCACUCAUGCCACAACUUAUCCUACCUUUGUGGGAAUUGCGGAUGAAAUUUUCCAGAAUGGUGAAAACUGGGGUCGCAUAGUGGCGUUUCUGGCAUUUGGGGCCACUUUAGCUGUACAUUGUGCGCAAAAAGAGGAUCUUGCUUCAAAUAUUGACAACAUUGUCGACUGGGUCUCCGUGUACAUGAACGAAAAACUUAGCCCAUGGAUCGACGACAACGGUGGAUGGGAUGGUUUCGUUGCCUUCUUCAACAGAGACGACGAAUCUCCAGGAGAUGGGAAUAAAGGCUGGCAUGUCGCUGCUGUUGCUGGGCUUGGUUUGGGUGCCCUGCUCAUGUUGGCAUGCAGAUGAAAGGCAUUAAAAUUGUUGAAACAUAGUUACUGUAAUGUUUUAUAGACCAGUUUUAUCUUUUUCUUCUCUGCUGGUAUUUUAUCUUGCUAGUUUUUUUAGUUUGGUUGGACUUUGUUAAUAAUACAGUGAUUACAUAAUCUCUAUGUUGUAAAAAGAAACUGGAUGAAAGAUUAAGAAGGAUCAAGAAUGUUUUAUCAAACAUUUUGUAGCAGGAAGAAAAAUCAUCCAGAAGAUAGAACUACCAUUAUUACUGUAGAAAGGGAUUAACUUAUGAAAAGGGAGGUGGUGUCAGUUGUGUGUAUCUUUUAGAUCAGUGAGCAUGUUACAUUUUUAGCUUGAUAUACAGGACUGUUGAUUAUCCAAGAGUGAUGUAUGUGAAAUAUAUUUUCUAGCUCAAAACUGCAGAUUACCUUGGGCAUUAAAGCAGUCAUUUGUAAAACCGAUGCACAGACAUCUUUGUAUCUUCUGUGAAGAACUUAUAAUUAUUAUUAUUUAAGUCAGUCUGUAAUUAAAAGAAUCUGUAUGUGAAUAUACAUGUACCAACACCCGAUACUGCAUAUUUUGAUUACAUUCUAUCUACAGUAACAUGAUAUGAUUACUUUUAGGUGAUAUAAUGAAAAAGAAUCUAUUCCAUGUUGAUUUCAAAGUGUUCAAAAUCCUAGAAGAUAUGUGUUCUCUAUGUUUCUAAUAGCGAAUGGCAAAAGAAAAAAAGAAGCAAAAUAAAAUUAAAAAAACUGUUAACAAGGUAUUUACGGAAAGGAAGAAUAUUUCGAUAUGUUUCGAGUUCAUACAUGCAAGUGUGUUGUUAGUUGAUACAUAUUUUACAUCAACUAUUUGAUGCCUGGGUGUUGUGUAACUAAAGUAAAAAAUAUUGGUGUUUUAAUUUGAUUUGGAGAGCAGCUGUGAGGGUUAUAUAUUUAUAUAUAGAUUUGUUUUGAAACUACUUCCAGAGAUAAAGAUUAUCUUAGUUUUAUUGCAGUGAAACCAUAAGGGUUAUUGAAGAUACAGCUCUGUUAAGGUAUUUAAAGUUUAAGAAAUUAAAAGUUUCAAAACAACAGAAAGGAACUUAAAGGAAAUUACUCUGAUAUGACAAAGCAACUUUCUCUCACUAUGAAAUAAGCCUGAAUGGAAAAGAAUGAAAUGAAGUAAUAAAGUUGUGCCUGUCAAA